UGGGACUGGUUCCUUCGCAGCCAUUUUCUGUCCAACCAAACAGCCGAUUUGUGGAGGGAGCCAACCAGGGCCGCACUGGAGGAUCUUGUCUUCAGUCUCUUCCUAUUGACUGUAACCACUGGGGUGGAAAGGCCGGAUCAUUUGCAGUCAUUCUCUGAGCAGAGAAGCAAGCACAGAUGGAUGGUGAUAAUUCUACAACAGAUGCUUCACAGCUGGGAAUUGCUGGAGAUUACAUUGGUGGUAGUCACUAUGUGAUCCAACCUCAUGAUGAUACUGAGGACAGCAUGAAUGAUCAUGAAGACACAAAUGGUUCCAAAGAGAGUUUUAGAGAACAAGAUAUAUACCUUCCUAUUGCAAAUGUGGCAAGGAUAAUGAAGAAUGCUAUACCUCAGACAGGAAAGAUUGCUAAAGAUGCAAAAGAAUGUGUGCAGGAGUGUGUCAGUGAAUUCAUCAGUUUUAUUACAUCAGAAGCAAGUGAGAGGUGUCAUCAAGAGAAACGGAAGACCAUAAAUGGAGAAGAUAUUCUCUUUGCUAUGUCUACUCUGGGGUUUGAUAGCUAUGUUGAACCUUUGAAGUUGUAUCUUCAGAAGUUUAGAGAGGCAAUGAAGGGAGAAAAAGGCAUUGGUGGAACAGUUACCACAGCAGACGGCCUUAGUGAGGAGCUCACAGAGGAAGCAUUUACUAACCAGUUGCCAGCAGGUUUGAUAACUACAGAUGGCCAACAACAAAAUGUCAUGGUUUAUACAACGUCCUAUCAACAGAUCCCUGGUGUUCAGCAAAUUCAGUUCUCAUGACUUGAAGAAGACUUUAGACACAUAAGAAAUAUGAACAAGGAAUGCUAAAAGAAAGAGAACUUGAAUUGGCUAGUGAAGAAAGAAAUGUCACUUUGUAUAUUCAAUAGUUGUAAUGUAGCUUCCUGAGGCUUGACUAAAUGAGAUGUGAACUCUGAUUCAAACCUUUUUUCAUGAGUGAUUUUAAAAGAAAUUGGAUUUUAAAGGUAUUAAAAUAUUUUUUUUGUUUUGUACAAGAGUUUGUUGCUCUGUAUAACUCCUAUAUGCAUUGUAUAUUGCAAUUUACUACUGUCAGAUUUGUAGACAGUUUCUUAUUUUCAUAUUGAAUCAUCUUACUUUUGUAAUUCAAGUAAACAGCUGGGUUUAAUUCAUGUUUACCCUUUGAAUAAAACAUAAGGGUACAGUUCAUUUUGAAUGCAAGUUGCCUUUAUUAUAAAAAUUGAGAUGAC